AUGGCGGACAGUAAACCCAAAUAUCCACUGGGCUCUCCCCAAGAGCAUAUUGAAAUGUGUAAAACCCACGAUCUACCUAUUGAUAUGAUAUGUGAGGAUUGUGAUGAAUUCAUUUGUGGUAAGUGUGCCAAAACAGAUCAUAGAGAUCACGAAUGGAGUACUAUAUCCACAGCAGCUACCGAAAGAAGGAGAGGCUUGCUUCGAUUUCUGAAGGAGAUCAAGGAAGGGGACCUAUCUGGGAUUGAUGAGAAAAUAAAGAAGGUUUCAAAACAGAUGACAGAAAAUGAAGAAAUGUGCGACUUGGAGAUUAAAAAGCUUGAGAAGCAUGUUGAUAAGAUAAUGGCCAGGCUGACAGAAAUCAGGAAAAAUAAUGAACAAAGACUGAGAGAUAAUCUGGAGGAAAAAAAUAAAAAGCUGAACAGUGUGAAAUAUGAGCUAGACAAGAAGAAGAAAGAAAUAGAAGAGAUGGUAAAGUUUAUAGAGGAAAACAACAAUACUAUGUCAGAUUACGGCUUGAUUGACAACCACAAAGAACUGAAACAAUUACUGUCUGGCCCUGACAUUGAUAUAAAGGACUGUAAAUAUUCAGUGAGAUACAGUAAAGGAGAAAUCUGCAAUGAGGUAGUGGAGAACAUGAUUGGAAAAAUUCUAGAUUUGAACAAUAUCAGUCUGACUGAAACAAACUCAUUUAAAUAUGGAAAUGAAUUAAUACUUAUAUUGGAGGCAUUGUGUGAAGAUCAGUGUUACAUAACACAAUCAGGGUCAGAUAACAUUGAACAAGUAAACAAAGAAGGCGAGAAAAAACAUAAAUAUAAUAUCAAAGCUAAUGACAUGUGCAUGACUGAUUUCGGUGAUGUUUAUUUCACUGACUUCAGUAACAAGUCUAUCCGCUGUCUGUCACCAUCAGGAUCUGUCUCUACAGUCACCAGUACAGAUCCACUGAUACCAGUAGGAAUCUGUCAGUCAGUGGACAGUGGACUAAUGGUCACAUUGAGAGAUAAUGGAUCAGAUCUUUACAAAUUAGAGUCACACAGCAGACGUCUGGUGAGACACAUCACAGUGACGGGUGACGUCAUCCAUGAGUAUGAGUACCAGGAGGACGGUCACACCAGACUGUUUACAUUUCCAGGCAGAGUCACACAAAACAGUAACAGUGAUAUAUGUGUUGUGAACAGUAAAAGUGUCACUACAGCUGAACUAAUGAUUAUGUCUCCCUCUGGUCGUAUAAAGUCUGUCUACCGUGGACAGAACCCGACAAUAGAGUUUAGACCAGCUGACAUAGCCUGUGACUCUCUCGGUAACAUCCUUGUUACUGACCCUUACAACAAACAGAUACAUCUGCUAAGUCCUGACGGGGAGUUUCUGAAGUUCUUACUGACAGACAAUGAAGUGAAGCUUCCAUUCAGAUUAUCACUGUACAAGUCUACACUGUGGGUCGGAUACCGGGAAGGACUUGUCAAAGUGUUUCAGUACAGAAUGCAAUAA